AGCAAAGUACAGGAAAACACAUGGUAAGGGAAUAUAUAUGUUGUAUUAAUGAUCAUAGACAAAGAAUAUCAUACUAAGAACUGUCCUCUAUGGCUCACUCCGAUAGCGAUGCUGAGACACUACAAUGGACUUGCGCUUGCCGACCGGACACGACCAAGGGGUUCAAAUAUUGGCAGUUUCCGAUUCCGUUUCAACUCUGCCGGAAGCAGUUCGCUUCGUGUUUGCGGUCGUGUCAGAGUACUCAAGCGAGACUAAUUGAACAGGAGCAGAAGAUGCAUCGUCCAGCCAACAAGAGGACAUUGCGUCAGCGAUCUCAACGCGACGAUCUAUUUCAGGAUAUGGAUGCUUUCAUUGGCGAGGAUGAAUUGGAGUCAAUGGACGAGAUGCGGCUGUGGCGGCAUAUCUCCAAAGUACAGGUAGCUGAAGUUUCGCGAGGAGCAAAGCAGCAGAAACGCGCCAAUCUGCACCAGAAACAGGAAACUAAACAGGUAGCCUCAUACAAGCAUUACCAGAACAAGAAGAAGAGGCACAACCAAGAAGCGAAAGCUCGUAGGAGGCACGACAGGGUGAUGGAGCAACAUGAUGCUGACUCUGAUGAGAAAGGGGACCAUAAUGCCGAGGACAACGACGGGUUGUUCGAGACAAUGGCGUUGGAUGGCCCUCCGGUCGGGAAGAAUACUGCGUGUGUGAGUCAGUGCAGGCGACAGUAUGCAUGUGGGACAUCCAGGGCUCCGCUUUAUCAGAACCUGAGGGCCUUUGUUGCAAAUAGUGAUUCAGCGAAGGAUGGGAAUGGUCGGGCCAAGGAGUUGCAGAGUGGUGCAUGUGUUAAAAGAAGACCUGGUCACAGAUCGUAUGAGAGACUGAGACUUGCAUGCAGCUGUGCUGUUGCAUUGGUUGCAAGCGUCCUACUUUAGUUCUUCGUGCCUGUGUAGCGCUACUCGACUCUCAAUGGGUAAUAAACUCCCCCACCC